AUCUUUCUUCACUUUUGAAAGCAACACGAGGUAAACUGUACGGUAAUCGUAAACAGUUUCAUUUUGUGGAAGGCAGCCAAUGAAGCUACGUGCCGAGGCUUAAUUUUCAGCAAUUUUUAUUUCCUAUUGCAAAUAGUAGUGAAUCUUUUUACGUCGAAAUAACGAAUCUACAGUUCUGAAAUGACUGAAGAAGUAAACCCGAAGGCUUACCCGCUGGCGGACCAGGCGCUGACAUCGAAAAUCAUGACUUUGAUCCAGCAGGCCGUGAACUACAAACAGUUGCGUCGAGGUGCUAACGAAGCGACCAAGACUUUGAAUCGUGGGCUGGCAGAGUUCAUCGUAAUGGCUGCCGAUGCGGAACCGUUGGAGAUUAUACUUCACUUGCCGCUGCUGUGCGAGGAUAAGAACGUUCCCUACGUGUUCGUUCGUUCGAAGCAAGCCCUCGGUCGUGCUUGUGGAGUUUCCCGACCGAUUGUGUCCUGUUCGGUGACGAUUAACGAGGGAUCACAACUCAAGUCACAGAUUGUCUCUAUCCAGCAGGAAAUUGAACGAUUGUUGGUUUGAAACUAAUGUACAAAUAAUGCAGCUGCAUUUAUGUGUAGUUUUUAUGAUACGUUUAAGACGAAAUAAAGUUCCAGUUGAAAAAUGUAUGAAAA